AUGGAGGAUCUUACCAAGGACAUACUGAAUAAGGGCAAACAGAUGGCUAGUGUUGCUGCCUCGGCUGCCAAUGGCAACGGUGGCAAGAAAAGAAGAAAGGGCACUGAUCUCAAGCCGAUCGUAACCAAUGAUGCAAACCCAACUGGCGAGGCUACAGAAUCGACUGGCGCCGCCACCAUAAAUUCGAAAUCCACUAGCGCUUCGGCGUCGCGGUCGCCAUCGUCGUCAUCGGGCGACGAGGUAGAGACAACUGCGGAGGAGGAAGAUUCAGAAGACUACUGCAAGGGUGGCUAUCAUCCUGUCGCCGUGGGCGAAACAUACAAUAAUGGUCGCUACGUUGUGGUGCGCAAGCUUGGUUGGGGCCAUUUCUCCACAGUGUGGUUGUCUCGAGAUACCACAACUGGCAAGCACGUCGCUCUGAAAGUCGUGCGAUCUGCGGCCCACUACACCGAAACAGCUAUCGAUGAGAUUAAACUGCUCAAUAAAAUUGUCCAAGCAAAGCCCUCUCACCCAGGCCGCAAGCAUGUUGUCAGUCUGUUGGACUCGUUUGAACACAAAGGACCCAAUGGUGUCCAUGUUUGCAUGGUCUUCGAGGUGCUGGGAGAAAACUUGCUGGGUCUGAUCAAGCGGUAUAAUCAUCGUGGUAUCCCGAUGCCGUUGGUUAAGCAGAUCACAAAACAGGUCUUGCUAGGCCUGGAUUACCUCCACCGUGAAUGUGGUAUCAUCCACACUGAUCUGAAACCAGAAAAUGUUUUGAUCGAGAUCGGCGAUGUUGAGAAGAUCGUGCAAGCCCACGUUAAGCAAGAGGAGGCAAAGAAGGAAAACAAAGAGGAUAACCGCAAUGGCCGCCGGCGUCGGCGCACGCUGAUCACCGGUAGUCAGCCACUGCCUAGUCCCCUGAAUUCCAACUUUAAUAGCUUCGACUUCAAGCACAGCUCCUCUAACUCCCACAGUAGCUUGAGUCAGAUGGUAAAUGAACCAGUAGCUUCCGAAACCCCAUCAAUGAAAGAAACUCUUGGAAUCAAAGAAACUCUUGGAAUCAAAGAAGAGGAUGAAAAGCAGGCACAGCGAGAGAAGACCACGGAUCUACUAGAACGAGAGGUGUCAGGCAUUUCUCUUGACAAGAACUCAUUUGAAUCGGUUGAAGAUGAGAUCGACCUUAAUUUGAUCUCCGUGAAGAUCGCCGAUCUCGGCAACGCAUGCUGGGUGGGCCAUCAUUUCACCAAUGACAUCCAGACACGGCAGUAUCGAUCACCCGAGGUGAUCUUGGGUGCCAAAUGGGGUGCCAGUACGGAUGUCUGGAGUAUGGCAUGCAUGGUAUUUGAAUUAAUCACCGGCGACUACCUGUUUGAUCCCCAGUCCGGCACUAAGUAUGGUAAGGAUGACGAUCACAUCGCUCAGAUUAUUGAAUUGCUUGGCCCAUUCCCCAAAUCAUUGUGCUUGUCUGGCAAGUGGUCCCAAGAUAUCUUUAACCGCAAGGGUGAACUGCGCAAUAUCCACCGCCUCCGUCACUGGGCCUUGCCCGAAGUCCUGCGCGAGAAAUACCACUACACAGUGGAGCAGAGCAUGCGCAUUGGCGAGUUCUUAUUACCAAUGCUAGACCUUCACCCUGAAAAGCGCGCCAACGCCGGCGGCAUGUCCGCAAAUGAGUGGUUAAAAGAUGCCAAGGGCAUGAGCAAAAUUGAUCUGGGGAUCCCACCAGGUACACGAGGUGAAGGCAUUGACGGUUGGGCGUCAGAGGUCAAACGUCGAUAA